AUGCUCGCAAUCUGUUUCCCAGGCAAUCUUUCUCCAAUACCACCUCGGCUGCAUCGACGACCAGUGAGUGCAACCUGGGUCUGGGCUGUGGCUUUCCCAGCCCGCACUGCCUCCGCGUCUGGCCUCAAUGCCACUUCGAAUGCUACUCGCUGGACUGUCGCUCCGACGGGUAGCGGUCUAUCGUACAUCUUUGCCUGCAACGAGGAAUACGCUACAUGGGGCAUCAGUCAAACAUCGACAUGGAUCUCCAAAACUUGGAGCGCAACAAACUUCACCGCGUCAACCUCGACCUACUGCGAAGGUAAUGAUGCGACAGCUCAUGUCAUUGGCACCAUCACACCAACCGCCACCUGGAUCCAAACAGCUUCGACCUUGAGUGCUUACAAGGGCCCUGAGCCGACCUGCAGUGUUGACUCCUCUCAAUGCAAAUCCCUCGAGGACGAACUGCUCUAUACUUUCUCCAUCGCUGAGAAUGCCACCGCCAUGGCAUGGGGCAACUCCGCCAUAGGAACGACCACUACGACCCUGGCCUCAGAACCUGUGACCACCUUGCCUACCUUGGUAAUCAACAAUAAGACACUGACGCCAAAUGAGAAUGACGGUGAAUACCAUGGAUACAGUCUUAGCUAUCAUUGGCUAUUGCCCGACACGAACAGCACCGAGAUUUGGAUGGGCCCAGACUCUAUGGGCGAUCCAACCUGGAUGCCCUUCUGCCGAAAGACGGCUUCAUCAACCUCAACGCCCACCAAAACGAUGAAUGGCACGAGCACUGUCUGCCCAACGCCGACCUGCACAAUCUACGGCGGCCACGUGAAGAUGAUGUUCUUCCCACCUACGACCACAGCUCCGCCCAAUGUGUGUGCAACGUGGCCGGCCGGGAAUGGAACCUUGUGUCCUUACGGCGGCCAUGGUGCAGGCUACAACAAUCAGGACUGCGGUUCCCCUAACAUCACUCGAUGGUCUAACACAACCAAUUCAGGAGAGUACAUAACACUAGACGGCAACACACUGUACAAGAACAAGGCAUACAUCUCAAUGGAGACGGCCUACGCCCUCGAUGAAUGCAAUAAUCGCAUUGGUGGUGGGUAUCAAGGGCGCAUCCUUACCAUGGCUUCGACGAGCAUCUACUCACUUUGCGACUAUGCGAGGGCCUUCCCUCCGCAGUACAACGCCUACCCAGUGAAUUUUCAGGACUUCGAAGGCCCAAUUCCGCAUUCGGCUUGGGAAUGUAUGCCGUACUGCAACAUGAUGCCACUCUAUGCACGAGUGCCCCAGAACACUGCGACCUACAUUAAUGGCAUAGACAUCCAGGACAUGGGCUAUCGCGCGUGGUGUUCUCCGGAUCUGGUUUUCAGCGAAGGCUUCCUCCCAGUCCUGGCCGUCCCACCUCAGAUUCGUGAUCUGGAUCCUGCUUGGAAAACUUGUGCGCUUGAUCUGAGAGGCUUGUAUGAUCCUCCUUCUAUGCUCACUCAAGUUCCGACCGCCGCCGCGCCAACGUUGCCCACCGCAAAUGAUGGCCCUACCUCAACAGCAGACCCGCCAGCUCCGACGACUAGUGCCCAGGCGGGCGCAAGUAUCACGUCUCCAGCGCAGCAGACAAGCACACCAAGCGAGGAUCCCAGACCUACCGUGCCCACUGCACAGCCAGUGUCUGAGACCAGCGAACUGCCAUUCACCUUCGAUCCAACCACCUCCUUGGAUGACCCCUCAGCGACCACAGAAGACGCCGGACAAGACUCUAGCGACCCGCUCGGAAACGCCAUUUCGCUCAUUCUCACUGCGGCCAAUCCUCCGGCCUCCACUUCCGCAGGAGGCAUAGCCAGUUUCAUCGGACAAGGGCUCGGGAUUUCCUCCCCGAAUCCUCCUCAGCUCAGUCCCACCAAUGCUCUCGAGGCUAUGACAGCCUCGUCUGUUGCUCCUGUUAGCGUCACGAACUUGAUUUUACCUGGCACGACUCUACAGCCUGGUGAUACUGCGACUGUCUCUGGCAAUACCAUCGUCUUCCCAUCGGAUGGAAAUGGCAUUGUGGUCAAUGGUGCAUCCUCGGAACUACAACCCGCUGCAAGUGGCGGAGCUGUGAGUUUGGGAGACGGUAUUGAGGCUACGGCAGUCGUUGCCCAAGUCACGCAGCCAGCUGUUGCUGUGGGCUCCCAAACUCAACUCGUGCUCCCAGGAACCACUCUCCAGCCUGGCUCAGCUGCAGUCAUUUCUGGCGCUACAGUCUCCCUGGCUCCAUCCGGGAAUGGUGUAUUCAUCAACGGAGCUUCAAUGACCCAAGCUGCUGGCGAUCUCAUCGCUCUAACAAAUGGCAUCAUAGCAAUUCCAACCGCUGCUACCCAGCUAGUCAUAGGCUCCCAAACCCUCGUAGCAGGCGGCUCAGCCAUAACUCUCGCCGGCACAACAUACACAGCAAGCGGAUCUCAAAUCAUCGCAAUCGCUCACGGCCAAUCCUCCACAUUCCCCAUGCCCCAUACCCCCCUCAUCACAACACCCCCCUCCCUAAUCCUCGGCACCCAAACCUUAACAGCCGACGGCUCCGCAUUAACCCUCUCAGGCACAACCUACACAGCACAUGGCACCGAAGUCAUCGCCGUCUCCGAAGGCUGGACCUCAACUUUCAAAAUCCCAAUCUCAGCUCCUGCUCUAGUUUUCGGCUCCCAGACUCUUUCACCAGGCGGUUCCGCAAUCACUGUCUCCGGGACAACGUACUCUGCUCUCGGGACUGAAAUUUUCGUGGAAGUCUCCGGACGCUCGACGACGGUGGAUUUAGGUCUUCUCGCUGCUACGGCUGACGCGAGCGAAUUCCAGGCUGAAGGGUUGGGGAGUGUUACUGGAGUUUUUGGGGCUACGAGUUCGAGGAUUUCUGCGAGUAGGACUACUACUACUACUACUACAGAAGAAGACGGUAGUUUGAUUUCGCCUACGAGUACGAGUUCGUCUAGGGGGUUUAUUCUUCUUGCUAUUGUUGUUGUGUUUUGUGUAAUUUGA